CCUACGCUAUUCCAAGUAGAAAUCUUAUCAUAGUAUUUUCGUAGAAAAUUAUAUUACAAUGUGUUAUAUAAAGCCUAGACGGUUGUACAUUUGAUUAUUGUGCGACUGAAGAUACCACACGAGUCUCGUUAGGACAUUUGAUUACAGAUAAAGUAUUUUCUAUUCGCCGACUAAGAAAACCAGCGAAGACAUAUUGAAAUGACGAAACAGUACAUCGUAGUAGAUUAUGACGGUGGUAAAUCCGAAAAACCAAACAUUGCCUUUGAAUCCGUUAGUUUAGACAGUGCUUUAGAAAAAUUUGAGAAAGUGAAAACUGCAAACCAGACCAGAAGCGUCGUCCUUCUCAAUACUCUGUCUGGAGAAGUAGAGAGAGUCGCCAUUCUUGGUGAACCUAUUUUUCUCGCAAAGGCUUUAACAUAUGCCAGGACAUUUGUUCUAGAUAAAUCUUUAUUGGAAACAGUUGCAGUGGAAGCGGCUAAAGGAGGCGCUGGUUUUGUUAUUAGUAAAUUAGCCGAGGCUAUUGCUAAUGGACCUAUGCCAGGUGUUGCUGGCGUUGUUCUUGGACAUUUCAUUGCUCCUUAUUACGCCUUCAAAGGUGAUGGUGUCGCAAUGGCUAAAGCAGCAACUGGGAUGUGGGGAGGCUAUUCAGGAGCUCUUAUUGGAUUCGUGGUGGGUGGUCCUAUCGGAGCAGCUGUUGGAGGAGCGAUUGGCAGUGUCGGCAUAUCUCAAGGUGUCGGUGCGAUAUUUAAACUUGCUGAAAACCAUCCAAAGUGCGAGGUCUGCUCGGGAACGGGUUUGAUAGGUUAUUACGAAGUUUGCAAAACAUGUCACGGAUAUGGAUAUAAAAAUUGAAUGUCACAUGAAUUAAAACAAUUUAUAAAGACAAAAAAAUCUAACACUUGUUAAGAUUUCAGACAUGUGGUAAUGUUUUCUUUGGAAAAUCAAGAUAAAACGUAUCAAAUAAUUUGACUAUGUUAAUGUCUUUAUCGUAUAUAACAUUG